CCUAACAGCUGAUUCAGUAAACAAUCAACUUCCCCCGCCCAGUACUGAGGCAACGAGAGAACUGGUGGUGGUUAUGUACUGGGGGUAGAACAGCAGGUGGAGGGUUGAAAGACAUAACUGAUGGAAGAAUAGAAGGAACAUGGUGUCUUUUGUUAGUUGAUUAGAUUCCAAGCCCCAACCACCAACUCCGGCCAUGGGGUCAGUACGUGCUGCCCAUGAGGCCUUUGUGACGGGACAUAGCGGCACCACGCCCCAGGAUGUGGUGCUGGCGGUGUCCUCAGCCUUUCCUGCCACACUGCUGGUUGCCGCCACUGUGCAGGGCCGCCUUGGCUGGCAGUGGUUCCUACUGGAAUGUGUUCUUCUGGUGACUCCCGUUGCUCUGGGCUUCACCAUACUGGCCAGCUAUACCCUCCACAUGCUGCUGGCCACCUCACUCCUUGCCUUGCUUCUCUCGUGGGUUGCCAGGAGCCGUGUCACUGCCUGGAAUGGUCACAACAAGGCAGGGAAGGCAAGCGUUGAGUCAGCUGGGAAGCGUGUGGGGUGUGUGACUUGCUACCGGGCUCUUCUCAACCUGGCCACCACCAUUGCCAUCCUUGCUGUAGACUUCCAUUGCUUCCCAAGGCGGUUCGCCAAGACAGAGGUGCGGGGCUACAGUGUGAUGGAUGUGGGGGCGGCUGGUUACGUCAUCGCCAAUGCCUUAGUGGAGGGUCGACGUCAGGCUUCCUACAGGGCGGUGUUGAAGGAUGCGGUGUUGCUGGUGUGUCUGGCGGUGGUGCGGCUAGUGAUGGUGUGGGCGGCAGACUACCAACACCACAUCACUGAGUAUGGUGUUCACGGGAAUUUUUUCUUCACUCUGGCAGCACUCAAGCUGACAUGCUCCUGGUGGGCCUGGCGACUGGGAACCAUUGGCAACCUGGUACUCAUGCUUGCACUGUGCCUUGGCCACCACCUCCUCCUGACUGUAGGGGGCGUAGGAGCAUGGACACUGGGGCCGGCACCUCGCGAUUCCUUCCUCAGUGCCAACAGGGAGUGGUUCGUGUCCAUGCCAAGCUAUGCGGCACUGUACUUCACUGGUGCCGGCAUUGGGACCUAUGUGUGUGACAGGAGCAAGAGGGCCACAGUGCCACACUUCCUCUGGACCGUGGUGGUGGCCAGUGCCGUCAGCCUGGCACUGUUGCACUUCUAUGUCGACCCAGCCUCUCGUCGACUUGGCAAUGCUGCAUUUGUGGCCUUCUCUAUCCUGUACUCCACCCUCACCUUAGCAAUCUUCUCCCUGCUGGACAUCUGGAUCCCUAAGUUGCUGCCUGGUGUCUCCUCCAUCCCUAGGAUCCUUCAGGCUAUCAACCAGCGCCCUCUACUCAACUUCCUCCUGUCCAAUCUUGCCACUGGGCUUAUCAACAAGAGCAUCAACACCCUCACUGUCUCACCACCAUGGGACUUCUGUGUGGUGUUAGGGUAUACUUGGUCUGUUAUUGCAGUGGUGUACUUCCUGUUAAAGGGUGAUUUGAGGAAAGGUGAAGUGUUCGUGAGUGUUGUAUGGUGUUGGGGUAUUGCUUGUUGUCUUUGUAUGGUGUUGUGUUUCCCGUUCAAGGGUGAUAGUUUGUCUUUUGUCAUGUUUGUUGUCAGGUUUAAUUUAUUUUGUUGUGAUUCAUUGAGUUGUUCAGGUGUGUGUAUGUAUCCAGGUGUGAAAGCAAUGAAUGAGGCUUGUUUUCUAUGUUACCUGACUCUAAUUAACUUACCUGAGCUUAGAAUUGUAUGGGUUUGUGCAACAUUCCAGCGAUAAUUGAGCAUAUAUGUACACGUAUGUAUGUAUGUAUGUAUAUAAACCUGAAUUUUGUAUACACCCAUAAAAAAUAACACAAAUAGAACAGUUCUUUUAUUUCUAGUCAUUUUACAGCUCAGGGUAUAGUACAAAGCCACAUAUUUCCUAUUCUCCCUACUACCCAACAAUAAAAUUUAUAUAAAGCUA